UUCUCUCUCUACGAAGGUUCGUGGAAGCUCACUUAUGGAGUCCUACUUAACCUCCUCCCUCCCUUCCUCUUUCCUUCCUCACCAUCAACAUUUGUCUUCAAUCUUAUUUCUCUUCAUUCAAUUGCUUUUUCUCAACUACCAUGAAGCUCAUCAAGAACUUCCCCACAAUUAACCUCUUCAAGUCCAAAAAAUCAACCCGCUCCAGCUCCAUUUCCAGAUCCGGGUCUGACCCGUCUUUCAGCUCCGGCACAACAACAUCGUCUUCCUCAUCAUUGGAAAACUCACAUAACAAAGGCGGAGUUUCUACUCCUACGAGUGUUUUGCCCACUUUAUCAAACGAGAUCUCCGCCGAUGACUGGUCGGAGAUCUCUACCGCCGGCGUAUACUCCGACAUCGUCAAAUCGUUUUCAGUCAUCGACAGUAACAACUCCGGUAAGAUAAGGAAGGAACAACUCGAGGCAAUUUUAACCAGAAUCGGCGGUAAAUCACCACCAAGCGAAGAGGAAUUAGAACUAUUGCUUGAUGAAGUAGAUAAGAAUGGAGAUGGAUGUAUAAAUCUAGAGGAUUUUGGACUUAUUAACUCAGCGUUUGAUCCAACGGUUGAAGAUGCAUCUGAGCUGAAAGAUGCAUUUGAUUUCUUUGAUGAAGAUCAUGAUGGGAAAAUAACUGCUGAGGAGCUGUUUAAUGUGUUUAAUAUGAUUGGCGAUGCAAGGUGCACGUUAGAGGAUUGUAGGCGCAUGAUAGCAAGUGUAGAUAAAAAUGGAGAUGGGUUCGUGUGCUUUGAGGAUUUCUGCCUUAUGAUGGAACACCAGAGAUGAAAAAUGUAAAAAAAAGAAAAUUGGGAAAAUAUUGUUUUAUGGGCUGGGAUUAAUUAGGACCCUUGAUCAGGUCAAUCUAAAGGCUAGGAUUGAUCUACAUUUGGAAAGAUGUUUGGAGCUGCCGUAUGGUAUAUUUUUAUAUAUAAAAAUGAGAACAAAUUCCUUCCUUUUCA